UUCUCCCCCAUCUUCACAUCCCCCACUAUUCUCUCUCUUCUCUCUCUUUCUCAUCAUGUUCUCUCCACCAAUGUCCGACCACCAACAACUCCCUCCUCCUCCCCCGCCAUUCCCCUCCCAUCUACAACGCAAAUGGAAACCCCAUCUCGAAGCAGCCCCAAAUUGCCCCCGCUGCGCCUCCACAAACACUAAAUUCUGCUAUUACAACAACUACAGCCUCUCCCAACCCAGAUACUUCUGUAAAUCCUGUCGCCGCUACUGGACCAAAGGCGGCUCCCUCCGCAACGUCCCCGUCGGUGGUGGCUGCCGCAAGAGCCGCCGUGCCAAGUCCUCAAAAUCCUCCGCCAUCUCCCGUCCUUCAAAACCCGACCUUUCUUCCCAAACCACCGACUCCUCCUCCUCUGCCUCCGAUAUCGAUCUCGCCGCUGUGUUCGCCCGAUUUUUGAACAGUGAGCCUCAGACGUUGACUAGCUCGCCGGAAUCGGUUGACCCAUUGGAGAUUUCCGAGAUCUUCUUGGAAGGUCUCUCAGAUAUGCUAUUGGACGAUGAAAAUCAAAGGGAAGAAGAAAAACAGGGGAUCCCGGGAAGUUACGAGAAUGUUUCAUUUGGGUUAGAAACAGAGUUGGGGAUUGAUGAAGAAGUAUGGGCGUCACCAGAAAUGCAAGAACAAGUUCAAGAAUUGGACUCAUUUUCUUGCAAUUACUAUGCGAAUGACUUGCGGGUUUCUGAUCAGUUCUGUCAAGUGGGAGAUAACUGGAGCUCAUUCGACUUUGCAGCCGUAAAUAAUGUCGAAUAUUUUUAAUAUAUAUCGUUACAUUCAUAUACAUUUUUCAUAUUCUUCUGUGAAAGAAAUUUAUAUAAACAUAUAUAUAUAUAUAUAUAGUCGAUACUAAGAAAUUUCGAUGGUGGAUCAAAAUUACAUGGGAAUCCAAAUUGUUACAUUGAAACCUAUAUGUUAAAAUAAAAUUUAAGUUUAGUGCAAGUGAAGAGGUAUUUGUGAUUUAUGACACAAUCGUUCAUCAAAUACGAAUUUUCAUUAAAUUUUGAAGAA